AUGGGAAGUAAAGUAGGAGAAUGUGAAUGGCCAGUGAUCGGAAUCGAUCUCGGAACAACCUACUCUUGUGUUGCAGUAUGGCGUCAUGGUCGUGUUGAAAUCAUAACUAACGACCAGGGUAACCGUACGACACCGUCUUGGGUGGCUUUCACCGACUCCGAGCGGCUUAUUGGUGAAGCUGCUAAGAAUCAAGUCUCCAAGAACCCCACCAAUACCAUUUACGAUGCAAAAAGGCUAAUUGGUAGGAGAUUCAGUGAUGAAACUGUACAAGAAGACAUGAAAUUGUGGCCAUUUAAGGUGGUAGCUGGAACAAGCUCAGGAAGUAAAGAUAAGCCAAUGAUUGUUGUUACCUAUAAGGGUGAGGAGAAGAGAUUCAUUCCGGAGGAGAUUUCAUCGAUGGUCCUUUCGAAGAUGAAAGACAUUGCCGAGGCUUUCCUUGGCAUGGUAGUGAAGAAUGCGGUUGUCACAGUUCCAGCAUACUUCAAUGAUUCCCAGCGUCAGGCAACUAAAAAUGCUGGCACCAUUGCAGGGCUUAAUGUUGUUCGUAUCAUCAAUGAGCCAACAGCUGCUGCCAUGGCAUAUGCUAUUGACUCACAGGCUAUCAAUUGUGAUGCUGCUGCAAAAAAUAUUCUCAUAUUUGACUUAGGUGGUGGGACAUUUGAUGUUUCCUUGGUUGCGAUUGAAAAGGGUAGAUUUAUAGUCAAAGUUGUUAGUGGGGAUACCCACCUUGGUGGAGGGGAUUUUGACAACAGAAUGGUUAGUAAUCUUGUAGAGGAGUUUCAGAGGAAGCACAAAAAAGAUAUUAGUGAGAAUCCUAGGGCUCUUGGAAGGUUGAGGGCUGCUUCAGAGAGAGCCAAAAGGAUACUUUCGGCAACUGUUCAAACUAGUAUUGAGAUAGAUUGCCUUUUUGAGGGCAUUGAUUUUACAUCAACUAUAAAUCAAGUUCGUUUCGAGAAAUGGAACAUGAAUUUUUUUCAGAAUUGUAUAGACACUGUUGAAAUGUGCUUAAGAGAUGCCAAGAUGGAAAAGCAUGAAGUUCAUGAUGUGGUCCUUGUUGGUGGGUCAACUCGUAUUUCAAAGGUUCAACAGUUGUUGAAAGACUUCUUCGGUGGGAAGGAACUUUGCAAAAGUGUUAACCCGGAUGAGGCUGUUGCGUAUGGUGCUGCCAUCCAUGCUUCUGUUUUAAGUGGUGUUGGUAGGAGUAAUAAAGAUAUUGUGCUUGUGGAAGUCACACCUUUAUCUCUUGGUGUGAAGAAUGUUACUGGCGAUUUGCAUGUUAUAUUACCGAGGAAUACAACCAUCCCAGCCAAAAAGAAUGUUACUCGUGUUACUGUUAAGGACAAUCAAACCAGUGUUAGAUUCCAGGUAUAUGAGGGUGAGAGACCUAUAGCUCUGGACAACCAUUUCUUGGGCGAGUUUUGCCUUUAUGGCUUACCUCCUGAACCAAAAGGUGUCAUUAAGUUUGAUGUCUGCUUUGAAAUUGAUGUUGAUGGAAUUCUUAAUGUGUCUGCAAAGGAAACAAGAACUGGAAUCAAGGAUCAAAUCACCAUUGUGAACCACCAUGGGAAGCUGCAAAAGGAGGAGAUAGAGAGAAUGGUAGAAGUUGCUGAAAGAUACAGGGUUCAAGACGAGGAACACAGGAAGAGGGUGCAAGCUAAGAAUGCUUUACAGAGCUAUGCCAAUAACAUGUGGGAAGUUGUGAAUGAUAACAGGAAGGUGGAGAUUGGUAUUAAUGAGGAGAAGAUAAAGGAUGCUGUCAAGCAGACAUUACAAUGGUUGGAAGGGACUGAUCUUGCCGAGGCAUCUAAGUUUGAGGAGAAGUUGAAAGAGCUGGAAAUCCUUUGCGGACAUUUUGCUCGUAAGAUGCGUCCAGAAGUGUGCUAA